AUGGCAAGACCGGCUGAUGUGCCAAUUCCCGACUCUCCAGAGUCCCCAUAUCCAAUCAAGACUGGUGUAUGCGAGAUAGUGUGUGGUUUCGGCCGUGGCUCCGCCGAGCUUGGAAUUCCUACUGCGAAUGUGCCAUUUGAAGAGCUGCCCGAGAGCGUAGGUGGGCUCCCUCUAGGUGUCUUCUUUGGUUUUGCUCGACUCCAGAAGUCAGCGCCUAAGGAAGCUAGAAACAUGCAGAGACAAGACGGUACGAGGGUGCACUUCAACUACGGCCAAAGAUUGACUGAUAAUGACUUGCGGGUUUUGCCAGUGGUGCUGUCGAUGGGCCUAAACCCGUUCUACCACAACAAAGCCAAGACUGUUGAAAUACAUGUAAUGCACAAAUUUGACCACGACUUCUACGGAGCCCAGAUUACUUUCACCAUAUUGGGCUACAUAAGGCCCGAGUUGGAUUACACUACAAAAGAGGCCCUUAUCGAAGACAUCCAAACCGAUAUUCAAAUAGCCGAAAAAGCACUAUCCUCACCCGAAUAUGCCAAGUACCAGAAUCUAUAA